AUGACAAGACGUGAUACACUAGAAGAUGAGACUGGUAAGAAACUACCGGCAAUGAGGGUUUUCUCGCUAUCUAUUGAUUUCUUGAGGAAGGGUAUUCUUGAUACUCUAAGCAAACAUGUUGAUGGCACAUUUAUUGCGUCUGACAUACAAUGGGUGCUUACUGUUCCAGCAAUAUGGAACGAUGCAGCUAAACAGUUUAUGAGGGAGGCAGCACGAAAGGCUACGAUUCCAGAAAGCCUAACGUUAUGUCUUGAACCAGAAGCGGCAUUUAUUUAUUGUCGUCAUCUUCCAAUGUCAAAGUGUACCAAACAAGAAGUUACAUCGAUUUCCCAGUUUUCACCAGGAACAAAAUAUAUUGUUCUUGAUGCAGGAGGAGGAACAGUUGACAUAACUGUACAUGAAGUAACUGACGAUGGAAACUUGAAGGAACUCCAUAAAGCAAGUGGUGGUGCAUGGGGUGGAACCAAAGUGGAUGAGGCAUUUGAAGAGUUUCUAUCAAGUAUUGUUGGACCGGUUGUCAUCUCAAAAUUCAAAAGUCACUAUUUAGAGGAUUUCAUUGACUUUUUUCGUGAAUUUGAAAGCAAAAAACGCAAACUUAUUCAAUCUACAACAUUCGUGACUAUGCGUUUCCCAGCUAGUCUUUCUGACUUAUGUCCAGAAGUCAAAGAAACGGAAUUUAGGGAAUUAAUACGACAGUCUAGAUUUGAAAGCAAGGUCCAGGUUUUACGAGAUAAGUUGAAGAUUGAUGGUGACGUCAUCAAUGAGUUUUUUGAACCAACCGUUCGCAAAAUAAUUAGUCAUGUAGAAAAUAUAUUGACGGAAUCUUCCGUUGAUGGUUGUGCUGCCAUUCUAAUGGUUGGUGGAUUUUCUGAAUCAUCGGUGUUGCAAAGGAAUGUAAAGUCCACAUUCAAACACCUGAAAGUUAUCGUUCCAGACGACGCAGGAUUAGCAGUCUUAAAAGGAGCUGUCAUCUUCGGGCACAAACCUACAACAAUAACUGAAAGAAUAUGCAAAUUUACAUACGGGCAUGGGUUUUCUCAUAGGUACAAUGAGAGCUGCAAACAUCGGAAGGGAAUAGUUGAAAAGGAUGAAAAUGGAGAUAUGAGAUGUUAUGACUUAUUCGACAUUCGUGUUAAAGCAGGACAGUCUGUCAAGGUGGAUGAAGAACAACCAGAGAGAAUAUGCACACCUGUUACUGAUGAUCAGACUGCUCUUGCCAUCAAUGUUUAUGCAUCCACUUCAAGUAAUCCGCAGCUUACUACAGAAGAUGGAUGCAAUCUCAUUUGAAAAUUGAGGGUGCCUAUUUCUGACACAAGCUCUGGAAGAAACCAUGAAUUUGGAAUAAGUUUCAUUUUUGGAGGGACCGAGAUUGUUGUAAAAGUCGUUGACAAGGAGUCCGGCGAAAUUAUGGUACAAUCUGUCGAUUUUCUUGGUUAGAAUAUAACUAAACUAAAUCAGAACACUAAAACAGACAUAUAUACUUGUUAUUGUUUAAUUUGUUUGGGAGUAAGAGUAAUCAUAUAUACUGGAUA